UAGCGCAUGCGCAAAUGUGCUUAAGGCCAAGCAAAAAGACGAAGACCGGAGGCUGUGGUUUUUCGAGGAAUUCUCCAAUCCACGGUUUUAAAGUCAUAUGAUUCACAGCAAAUAUAGCAACAAAUAUCUCAAUUCGUAUUUCCCAAAGCCGCGAAACGUGCAUUGAGUUUGGAGCGAUAUCUGAAGUGAAGAUUGAAGACGUGAUAGAAGAUGGACGACUACUGCUAUGCUAAGAUGGCGACGUCAUGUCAAAGAGAAAGUGAAAGAGAAUCAGAAACUUCCAGCAAAUCACCAACGGAGAUAAAGACGGAAGAUGAAGACGUCCAGCAGCUGAUCGGUAAUCCAGAAGAAGUUUCUCCUCAGUCAGGGGGGAGCUCCACUUUGAAGCAGGAGACUCCACAACCACCCUGCAUUAAAAAGGAAGAGGAGGAACUCUGCAUCACUCAGGAGGGAGAGUGUCUUCUAGGACGAGAGGAAGCUGAUUACACCAAGUUGCAACUGACUGUUGUCUCUGUGAAGACUGAAGAUGAUGAAGAGAAACCACAAGUAGACAACCUCUUAGCUCCACUAUCAGAUAGUGAGGCUGAAGACGAGGUUGAAGAACCUAUGAGCAGCGAUACAGACUGUGAAGGUGAUAUGAGGACUCACACUGACAACAAACACUCUCAAUGCUCUUCACAGAAGGGAGUUAAAACAUUUUUGAGCUGCUCAGUUUGUGCUGAAAGUUUGGCUAAAAAGAGCCAUUUGACUGAACACAUGAGAACACACACAGGAGAAAAAGCAUUUCAUUGUUCAGUUUGUGGCAAAAGCUUUUCUCAAAGUAGCUCUUUGACUCAACACAUGAGAACCCACACAGGGGAAAAACCAUUUGUUUGUUCAGUUUGUGACAAAAGCUUUUCUCGAAAUAGCUCUUUGACUGAACACAUGAGAACCCACACAGGGGAAAAAACAUUUAUUUGUUCAGUUUGUGGUAAAAGCUUUUCUCUAAAUUGCCGUUUGACUGAACACAUGAGAACACACACAGGUGAAAAACCAUUUCAUUGUUCAGUUUGUGGCAAAAGCUUUUCUCAAAGUAGCAUUUUGACUCAACACAUCAGAACACACACAGGUGAAAAACCAUUUAAUUGUUCAGUUUGUGGCGAAAGCUUUUCUCGAAAUUGCCGUUUGACUCAACACAUGAGAACACACACGGGUGAAAAACCAUUUAAAUGUUUAGUUUGUGGCAGAAGCUUUUCUCAAAAUUGUCGUAUGACUCAACAUAUGAGAACACACACAGGUGAAAAUAUAUGUAACUGUUCAGUUUGUGGCAAAAUCUUUUAUCAAAAUACCUCUUUGACUCAACACAUGAGAACACACACAGGUGAAAAAACAUUUAACUGUUCUAUUUGUGGUGAAAACUUUUCUCUUAAGAGCUGUUUGACUGAACACGUAAGAACACACACGGGUGAAAAACCAUUUAGUUGUUCACUGUGCUGUAAAAGGUUCACAUAUAAAGCAGACGCAGUAAAACACAUGAGAACACACAAGGGAAAAUAAGCAAUUAGCUGUUUAGUUUGUGGUAUGUUGCUCAUAUGUGGCGACAUCCACCCUACCCAGGACCUCCUCACUGCUUCUUUCACAAAUAUCUGAGGUAUUCAUACAAACUUGGAUUAUUUGGAGCAUAAUCUUAUCCACUCAUGACCCCAUGUCUUCUCUGUAUCUGAAACCUUCCUGAACAGUAAGAUAAAUGAUGCUUCAAGUGCUUGGUUACUCUUUCCUCAGCCCAGGGUCCUGGGGCCUCAUGUGUCAAGUUUACGGACGCUCAAAAACCUGCACUACGCCAUUUUUCCCAGCAAAGUUGAGAUGUAUUGAGAUGUUGACGCAUAAGUGAUGCUGGGUAACUGUUUGCAUAACCAAGUGCCAACUUUUACCCCUCAGACUGAUUGAUGUGCAAAUCAGAGACAUAUGAAAAAUAAACCCCCAACCCCCACCUCCCUCGACAUUCGGGCAUAACAGAUUUAAAACCAGCCCACGAGAUGAGUUUGGUCGGUGGAACAUAUACUAGGAUGUCUUGCAGAUGCUCAAGUCUUCAGCAAGUUAGAUGUAAACAGAAGAUUUUGGCGAACAUCUUGGUUCCCAGAUUUACCAAGGUACACAACAUUUAUAACACCAUUUGAACGUUUCAAUGUUAACAGGCUAACCUUUGAUGUAGCAUCAGCACCCCAACACUUCCAGCGGCAAAUGUGCAUGUUUCUCGACACAUGUCACAUGAACAAACUUGUUGUUUGGGCUUCAUGCAGUUCUACGCAAGCUAUAUGAAACUGGGGUAACACUUAAAGGGGAACAUAAUCACAAUUUCAAAAGGGUUAAAAACAAUAAAAAUCAGUUCCCAGUG